AUAGGCACCAGCCACAGGCCAACAAAGAGCCCUAAUCAGGUGUUCACCUGUACUUAAAGGCACCAGCCUGGCCCGCCUCCCAGGGAGCCAAUUAGGUUAUAUGGUGGGUGGGGCAAACCUCCACACCACCACAAGUGCAUGCAUUGAAAUAAGUGUAUAGGACAAACAUGUACUUAUCCCAGUGCAGCCUGUUAUUUAGGGUUGACUCACAAUAUAUUCAUGAGUUCACGUUUAUGAUAUGUGCAGCAUCACAUUUUAUCUUGGUGAUGUAAACAAUGAUACGUCAGUGACCAUUAGAACGAGUAGUCAGUGUACCUGCACAUUUAUCAGUUUAUUUCAGAUCACAGCAACAUAUUAUUACCUGAUCAUCAUUUUUCGGAUUAGCCUCACUGAAACGCAUUAAAUACCACAUACCUGCAAUCCUGUGAAACUCCUCUUUAAAUGGCUUUAAGGAGUUUGUGUCAAGGAAAGUGCUUGAGGUCGAACUUUUCUAACACAGUGGCUUCACUAACGUGCUCAGCAUCUACCGUUUGCAGGUGAUGUGUUUGAUGUACAGUAUGGGUGGAUAAGAUUAUUGACAUAUGUCAUGGAGUCUCGAAAUAAACGGUACCGCUAAAAUAAAUAUGCACGGCGAUAUGACAGAGAAUUAACUCGUGGCGUCAAAAUCCUCUCACGGCGUAAAUUCAAUGCCGUGUGAAUUAAUACAUCGUCCUCAUCUACAGGAUCCUCUAGAAACGGACAUUUUGGUCUCUGCGCGAAGGAAACAGGUGAAAUCUAUGAAUGUACUGAAAGAUUAAACAAGGUAUUUAAACAGUGUUCACUUUAAAAAGGGGCGGAGACCGAAGAAAACUCUGGGUUUCCCGAAUAAAACCUGCUCCCGACCAGGUUAGGUUCACAGAGUAAGUUGCCAUAGUAACUGACUUUGAGUUUCGAUUACCUCGCUUCUUGAAACGGGUUCAAACUUACCCCGCUUUACGGGUUUAAGUAACCUCGCUUUCUGAAACCAAAAACUCUGAGUUUUCCUUAUUUCGGGGUUAACAAACUCAGAGUUUCAACAAAAACUCCUUCUUGAAACGGGCCCCUGGUUUAAUUUUUAACUGAUUGGGGUUAUGGUGGGUGGCACGGUGUCGCCUUACAGCGAGAAGCCCCUGGGUUCGAUUCCCGGGGCGGACCAGGGGCCCGUUUCAAGAAGGAGGUUUAACAAACUCUGAGUUAAAACGAAACUCUGAGUUGAUUUACUCUGAGUUUGCAAACCUGGAGUUUUCGGUUCCAGAACAGCUGAAAAGAGUUGGUUUAAGCAACUCUGAGUUGACUGACUCAGAGUUGCUUAAACCAACUCUUUUCAACUCUGAGUUGACUGACUCAGAGUUAAGCGUGUGCACCGCGACGAUACAAAGCCCUGAUCAAUGGAGUGAAGAUAUUACGAGUCACCAUGGCAACAGGACAACAAAAUACGUCCGGAAAUGGAUAUGAUACCUCAAGCAUGUAACGACUAUGAGUCUAUAAUCCGUAGAAAAGGCAACACGGCUGCAGCGGCAAAAGAGAAAGAAUUAGCUUGGAAGAAAAUAGCUGCUCGAGUCAAUGCGUAAGUUUACAUUUUAAUCAUACAGUGUUCAGAGUAACUAAAUACUAAAUAAUUUUAGUAUUGUUGUUAUAUUUCACUCGUAAAGUAAGGACUUGUAAAGUAAUUGUUCACUCAUCUAAGGAGUUAUUUCAUUAAUUGCAUAAAAUACUGAUGUUUGUAUGAAUUAAAAGUGCAGUGUUAUGUCUAUGCAUUUUUAAAAUUCCUGUUGUGGUUGAUGUGGGAUUUGUAAAGUAAUGAUAAUUCAAUAAUCCAAUACAUUUUAUGGAGAGCAAUUAUUACAUUAAUCUAAUUAGGUUUUUAAAAGUUACCCAAAACACGUAAUAAUAUAAUAAAUUAAUUUCAGUUUUUAUGUAGACGCAAUCCUGCAGUCAUAAAAGAACAUGGCUAAAAAUGAAAUGUAAUAACAUAAUUCAAACAGGUAUAAGGCACCAUCAUGUCAUGGGUGUAGACUACCUGACUUUACAAUAUUUUACAUAUUAAAUAACUAAAUAGCAUGCAGAGUAUAGCAGUGCAGCAGCAUUUUCAACAUGGCUGUAAUGUUUUCACACAGUUAAACAUUUGACUUCUACUCAGCCAACAGAAAGAAGGCAGAGACUAGAACAACUGGUGGAGGACCUGCACCUCCACCACUGACGCAUGCAGAGGAGAAGGUGUCACGUUUCGUGUCACGUCCUGCAGUUACCUUGAUAGCAUUUCCUGUUUUAUCCUGAGAGGACUUCCUGUCUCACCUCAGCUGUUUCCUGUAUCCCGGUUUUCCACGCACACCUGUCAGUAAUCAGUUAAUCACUCACCCGUGUAUUUAGCCACCACCAGUUCCCAUAGUCCCUUGCCAGAUUGUUGAGUUUUCUUUGCCAUAGCACUCCUGCCCAGCAUUUCUUGUUUUACCUCCCGUGUGUUGAUCCUGACUGAACCCUGCUUGACCGUGAGUUUGCCUAAUCCUUGUUUGUACCGUCGCCGCGAUCUCUUGUGUAUCGAACCCUGCCUGUCUACUGGACCUGAGAUUGCCUGCUCCCUUCUGUGUAUCAUUACCGAGCUCUCUGUGUAUGACCUGGACCGUCUGACUCUGCUUGUAGCAAUAAAGCCUGUAUUUUUCCCUCAACCCGCCUUGUGCUGUGCAUGUGGGUCCGUCGCCUGCCCUAGUCUGACAGAACAAUCUGGCCAGACUUGGACCCAGCCAGCACUCAGCCUCCGUCCAGGUCAGUUACUGUUUCUUCUUGGGUUUUUUUGGCGGCGAGUAUUAUUCUCCCGCAGGGAGAAUGGAGUUUACCUGUGCCGAGCUACCCAGCGACCUAUGCACUUAUUUUAAAAUCCUCGCCGAGGAUUACCGAAGGGCGUCCAACUCGGAAAACCAGCGCAGCGCCGUGGAGGUGGCGGUGUGGACCUUGGAGGACGAGGACAGCGUGCUAGAGCGCCCCAGUGUCCAUCGUCUCUACGAGCGAUUGUGUGUGCGACUCGGAGAGUUAAACAGCGCGCUCCACACCAAACCAGCCCCCACGUCGUCCGCUCGGAUUACGCCAGCCCCAGUCUCACCGCCGAAGGUUUCGGUUUCCUCCUCCCAGCCCAGUCGGACCGUCGUGAAUGCACCAGCCUGCCCAGCUCCACGUUUGCUCUGCUGGGAGGACUUCCUGCACUGAUGCGGCUCCCCGUCCUCGUUCUCAUGCGGCUCCCCGUCCUCGUGCUCUGCUCCGUCUCCAGCCCAGCCGUGCUCUGUUCAGUCUCCAGUCCAGCCGUGCUCUGUUCAGUCUCCAGCCCAGCCGCGUUCUGCUCAGGUCUCAGCCCAGCCGCGUUCUGCUCAGGUCUCAGCCCAGCCACGUUCUGCUCAGGUCUCAGCCCAGCCGCGUUCUGCUCAGGUCUCAGCCCAGCCGCGUUCUGCUCAGGUCUCAGCCCAGCCGUGUCACGCUCAGGUUCCAGCGCAGCCCUGUCACGCUCAGGUUCCAGCGCAGCCCUGUCACGCUCAGGUUCCAGUGCAGCCCUGUCACGCUCAGGUUCCAGCCGCAGCCCUGUCACGCUCAGGUUCCAGCCGCAGCCCUGUCACGCUCAGGUUCCAGCCGCAGCCCUGUCACGCUCAGGUUCCAGCCGCAGCCCUGUCACGCUCAGGUUCCAGCCGCAGUCCUGUCACGCUCAGGUUCCAGCCCCAGUCCAGUCGAGCUCCGUUCAGGCUCUAGCUCCAGCCCAGUCGAGCUCCGUUCGGGCUCUAGCUCCAGCCCAGUCGAGCCCAGCCCAGGUCCCAGUCCAGUCGAGCCCAGCCCAGGUCCCAGUCCAGUCGAGCCCAGCCCAGGUCCCAGUCCAGUCGAGCCCAGCCCAGGUCCCAGUCCAGUCGAGCCCAGCCCAGGUUCCAGCCCAGUCGAGUCUAGUCCAGGUUCCAGUCCAGUCAAGUCACGUUCAGGCCUUGUCCCAGCCAGAGGGCACCAUCCGUCUGACGAGUGUUAGUCACACCCAAUCAGGCCCGACGUCUACUCCGUCGAGUUUGGCAGCUGCAAGCAGUCAUGCCGGCUCCGGAGAGGACGCCGUCCCAGUUCCUGUCGGCCCGUUAGGGGUCGUUCCUGUUCCUGUCGGCCCGUUAGGGGUCGUUCCUGUCCUUGUCGGCUCCAGUAAGGACGCCGUUCUAGUCCCUGUCGGCUCCAGUAAGGUCGCCGUUCUAGUCCCUGUCGGCCAAGUCGAGGCCGUUCCUGUUCCUGUCGGCCAAGUCGAGGCCGUUCCUGUUCCUGACGGCCAAGUCGAGGCCGUUCCUGUCCCUGUCGGCCAUCUCGAGGCCGUUCCAGUUCCCGUUCCUGUCGGCCAUGUUGAGGCCGUUCCAGUUCCCGUUCCUGUCGGCCAUGUAGAGGCCGUUCGAGUUCCCGUUCCUGUCGGCCAUGUAGCGGUCGUUCCAGUUCCCGUUCCUGUCGGCUCCCGCAAGGAUGCCGUUCGUGUCCCUGUCACCCUCGGAGCCGGCUGCAGUUCCUGCCGCAGCUCCCGCCGACCUCCAGGAGGAGGUCGCGUCUGCUUCAUCUCCUGCGGACCCCCAGGAGGAGGUCGCGCCUUCUGCAGCUCCUGCUGACCUCCAGGAGGAGGUCGUCCCUGUCGCAGCUUCCGCUGCGGGCCCUGCUGACCUCCAGGAGGAGGUCGUUCCUGCCGCAGCUUCCGCUGCAGUUCCUGCUGACCUCCAGGAGGAGGUCGUUCCUGCCGCAGCUUCCGCUGCAGUUCCUGCUGACCUCCAGGAGGAGGUCGCGCCUGCCGCAGUCUCUGCCGACCUCCAGGAGGAGGUCGCGCCUGCCGCAGUCUCUGCCGACCUCCAGGAGGAGGUCGCGCCUGCCGCAGUCUCUGCCGACCUCCAGGAGGAGGUUGUUCCUGUGGCAGCUCCCGCUGACCUCCAGGAGGAGGUUGUUCCUGUCGCAGCUCCAGCUGCAGUUCCUGUCGACCCCCAGGAGGGGGCCGUUCCUGUCGCAGCUCCAGCUGCGGUUCCUGUCGAACUCCAGGAGGGGGUCGUUCCUGUCGCAGCUCCCGCUGCGGUUCCUGGCGGCUCGGCUCCGGCCGCACCUGCAUCGGUUCCUGGCGGCUCGGCUCCGGCCGCACCUGCAUCGGUUCCUGGCGGCUCGGCUCCGGCCGCACCUGCAUCGGUUCCUGGCGGCUCGGCUCCGGCCGCACCUGCAUCGGUUCCUGGCGGCUCGGCUCCGGCCGCACCUGCAUCGGUUCCUGGUGGUCCGGCGCCGACCGCAUCUGCAUCGGUUCCUGGUGGUCCGGCGCCGACCGCAUCUGCAUCGGUUCCUGGUGGUCCGGCGCUGACCGCAUCUGCACGUCUGUUCUGCUCCUUGGGGCCGGCAUUCUGCCGGCUUGUACCUCGUCUGCCUGAUGGGUGGCCUCGCCUUUGGCGCAUCCUGUGGCGUGGAUGGCGCUGCCUCCUGCGUCGUCGGCUACCUCGGCUGUCUAGUUCCGGGGGCGACUCCCUGCCCGGGGGUCGCCGUUUCCUGCGGUGGCGAUGGCGUUGCCUCUGCCGUUGCCGACCGCCGCGCCUCCUUGGCCUCCUGGAGCACCGCCCGCAUGGAAAGCACCGGCGCGUGCGUUGGACCUCUGGAGGCGUCUUGUUCCGACGCCGCCCUCUUGGGACUCCAGCCUUGUCCGUGGAGACGGAAUGUGCCGUCUCGGCCUGGCGACUGCGCGGCCGAGACCCUCCUCGCCACCUCCCCCCGUGAAGGGACAGUUUGGACCUUGUUCUUUGUGUUACAGACUCAUCAUGAACUCCCGUUCCUGCCCUGUCGUGGAUUAUUGUUGUUUUGGUUUUGAUCCUCCUCCAGUCCUCCCUCCACCCACCCUGCUUGUCUGCCUUGUCGGGGAGGGAUUCGGUCCCUCCUCCUGAGACCACCCUCCGCCCGCCCUGGUGACAGUACCCCCCCCCCCAUGGCGCCUAUGGCGCCGUGGAAGGGGGGUACUGUCACGUUCCGUGUCACGUCCUGCAGUUACCUUGAUAGCAUUUCCUGUUUUAUCCUGAGAGGACUUCCUGUCUCACCUCAGCUGUUUCCCGUAUCCCGGUUUUACCACGCACACCUGUCAGUAAUCAGUUAAUCACUCACCCGUGUAUUUAGCCACCACCAGUUCCCAUAGUCCCUUGCCAGAUUGUCAAGUUUUCUUUGCCAUAGCACUCCUGCCCAGCAUUUCUUGUUUUACCUCCCGUGUGUUGAUCCUGACUGAACCCUGCUUGACCGUGAGUUUGCCUAAUCCUUGUUUGUACCAUCGCCGCGAUCUCUUGUGUAUCGAACCCUGCCUGUCUACUGGACCUGAGAUUGCCUGCUCCCUUCUGUGUAUCAUUACCAAGCUCUCUGUGUAUGACCUGGACCGUCUGACUCUGCUUGUAGCAAUAAAGCCUGUAUUUUUCCCUCAACCCGCCUUGUGCUGUGCAUGUGGGUCCGUCGCCUGCCCUAGUCUGACAGAAGGCCCUCAGCCUGAACACUGGAAAGCAGAGACUGAAGGAAUUCCUGGAGGGAGUUCAUCAGAACCAGUCACUCCCCAGGAUACAAGUGCAUGUGUAAAAUAGUGUGGAAGAACAGCAGGAGGAGGUCCGUCACAUUCUGCUGCACAGAUGCACACAGUUCAGUGAUGUUCAGUAAAUGCCAGAGUUCAAUUCUGUAAGAGUAAUGAGGAACAUGUCAUGUCAAGAUGUCAUGUAACUCUAAAUCUUCUGUAUUUUAAGUUACCGGUUACAGAGUUGUAUAAACGUAAUCUCAAGGAAAUGUUAUACUUGUACCACAAGAUUGAA